AUGUCGGAACCACACCACCAGGUCUCUUAUGAUCUCGAUUAUUGGAUGAACGUCAAUCUGUUGGAUGCCUGUUUUGACCCGAUGCAUAACGGCAUGGGUCUAGACAGGUGUCAAGGCAUGGAUGGAUAUUUCGGUGCACCCAUCAAGGAUACCACAAAUCCCGACCAGUGGGCAGAUUGGUCCGCAAGACCCACAUUUACCGACCUAGACCUCCCCCCAAUCACCUCUCAAGAAUGCCAGAAUCCCGCCCUGGAUUUUGAGAUCGAGAAUUCGAGCUCCGUUCAAGAUGCCGGCCUGAGUAAUGAUUGCGACGGCGCUGUCUCCAUGACUACCUUGGAGAGUGUGAGAGAGAUGAGAACCGAGGGCGCGGACAAAUUUGAAUCUACUUGCCAUACUUGUGGAGAGAAAUUCUCCAACUUAUUUCAAUAUUGGAGUGAGCGCGAUUUAGAUGCCCACGCAAGGAAGGAAAAACACAUUGCUUGGACUUGUUCGUUCACAGGAUGCAAUCAGGAGUUUCUUACUUCCUGGGAACGAGAUGCGCAUCAGCAGACGCCCCAUACUAAUGGUCACGGCCGUCUCGCUACUCCUACCCCGUUUGACUGUGUUGAAUGUGGGGCAUCACUCGCGUCGCAAUCAGAUCUUCUCCGCCAUGCCAAGCAAAUGCAACAUCAACCUUACUCCUGCGAGUGCGGUGCACUCUUCUCAAGACUGGAUGUACUGAAUCGACAUCUCAACUCACUAAGCACAAAUGACCCCAAAUAUCCUUGCAAAUAUUGCAGGCGUCACCGCGGUGCCAAUGGGUUUAGACGUCGAGAUCACCUAACUCAGCACAUACGGAACUAUCACCACCUAGAAAUGAACGAUGAGUCGACAGAGGACUCUACAUCUAGGCUAGAGUACUUCUUUCCCGUGUGCACCCAUCCAGAGUGCCCUCAGUACCGCGACGAGGUUUUCAAGACACUACCUCGUAGCAUCCAGAAGACAAACAAGCCAUUCCCAACUCAAAGCGCGUACACGAAGCAUAUGCGCGAGGAGCAUAAUGAAUGCCCUUUCCCGUGCGACGUUCAUGGGUGUGAUCGUGUGGGAAGGCGGGGCUACUUCAGGGAGAAGGACAUGAUCAAGCAUCGCAGACAAUCGCACUUAGACGCACCUACCUAUCAGCCAGUAGAGCGGGAUUUGAAGUAUCAAUGUACUGAACCUGGAUGCGGUGCUCUUUUGGAUCUAUCCUCCGUCUCGUACCACCAUGCCAUCCAUAGGUGGAGUCAACAUCGACUUGAGAAGAAAGCUGCGCUGAAUAAGCCUCUGAGCUCUAUACCACAAGAGGCUAUGGAAUCGGUUGGAGGCUCGAACGAUAUGAACAUGGAGUUGAGUUUUGGAAACCAGGAAUGGUUCAGAUCUUAA